UAUCCGUUGCUUAAAGAUAAAGCACCGGAAACAUAGAGAGUUCAUUUUCUGUCGGUCUUACAAGUGGUAGUAGCCUCUUGGUCCUUAGCCUAGUUGACAGAGAUCCUUUCCUGCAGAGGACGACGACAAAGGGGCUUCCGAACACGCCGAGAUGGGGUUGGGAAUCUGCUCCGUUGUCCUCGCACUGUCAAUCACCAGGGUCUCUUCGUCAGUGUGUCCCACAUUUAGGAACCUCCAUGCAGAUAACUUAAUGUGCGAGUCAAAUUGCCUGGACCCUUCCAAAGGCAAAGUGUAUGGUACCCUUGACUAUCAUGAGGAUUCCCACGUGUGCCUGGCGGCUCUCCACGCUUGGGCCAUCAGCGAUAAGGGAGGCUCGGUCAGUGUCAAGAGGUCAGAGCAGGUCAUCCGAGAUUUCCACGGCACUGUCAGGAAUAGGAUUGUGUCUGAGAAAAGGAUGGGCGCCAAUUCACGGCCGUAUACUGUUCGAGGACCGGGCGGCGUCACAGAAGAAGAUAUCCUUCCCGACGUCCUUCUCGUUCACGAUUCCUACGCAGACACGAACCUCCACGUCACCUGCUUCUCCCAGGACCCCGGGUAUGAUCUGGAGACCAGCCUCGUGCGCUGGGAUUACAGCAAGAACAUGGAUCACAGCAGAGCGAACACGCAGCCGAAAAGAGUUGCCUUUACCUACGACGACGGCCCAAAUUACCACGCCUUCAUCUGCCAGGGGAAACGCCCACCUACAGACGUCUUGGCUGUUGUCCAGUUCCGCCAGAACACGAAUGGAUACCACAAUCCCACAUAUCAAGCUCCAGCCGCUACCUUCCGCGCGAGCCGAGGAGAGACGCUGAAAAUCUCCCUCAGUAAGACGGACGGGAUGCCCUCUCAUGUGUUCUUGAAGAAAUUCCCCAAGAGCUGGGGAACCGACACCCCCAACUGGACCCUCCCCUUGACCUUCCGCUCCGUGCAGCCUCACCACAAGGCCAUUUACAAUGCUGGUAAUUCGCAGGAGGGGAAAAUUGACAAGAUUCACUCCCAAGGAGCAUAUUUCGAAAUUAUGGUCAGAGACUGCCCCGCCCAGAAGUACGGUUCAGACUGUUCAAAGGACUGUCCCGUUUGCCACAAUGGCGGUCUCUGUCACUCGCACACUGGUACUUGUGUCUGUCCUCCAGGCUACCAUGGAACCACCUGCCAGCAUGCAUGUCUACCUGGACGGUUUGGAGCAUUUUGCCAGCUGACAUGUCGCACCGAUGUGAUUGGUUUCGAAGUUCGUGAGAGAGAGAAAUGCUCAGGACUGACCUUCUGCGUGCCCGCUCCUUACGGCUGUUCCUGCGCCCCUGGUUACAGCGGGCCGUUCUGUACUGAAGAAUGCGGCGCCGGGACUUACGGAGUCAACUGCCAAUGGCGCUGCGAUGGCUGUGCCGCCGGUUGCCAUCCUGUCACUGGCACAUGCAGCAGAUGUGCGUCAGGGUCAUCAUGCAUCGCCCGACCACCUGCACCUUCGGACCUCAGAGUUGUGGUCGGUGGCAACAGCCUGAACGUCACCUGGCGAGAGAUUGGCGACCACGAUGCUGUCUACUUCGUCACCUACCAUGCGGUGAGUUGCGCAGUACUCAACAAGCAAGAGGCAGAGAAGCAUGAGGUUUCGUCGACGGCCAGAGUGGACCUGAAAGACCUAAAAUCUUUCACUCGUUAUAACGUGUGCGUGGUGGCCAGCGUCGGGCCGCACGGGGGGCACAGCCAGCCUGCCUGCAUCCAGCCUUUCACAGCUCCUCGUGUGUCCCAUUUCACGUGCACCGGCUACACCGACACAGCCACUUGUUAUGUCACCCUGGCUGGAACCUGCGCGCAAACUUCGGGCACAGACUUCAAUAUCACCGUCACUCUGGAAACUUACCUGUCGUGUAACCAAUCAACGAUCGCCCACCGCGCCGUCUUUCCAAACAGAUCAGGAGCAAGAAAGGAGGUAUCCCUGAACGUCAUGCCAGGUCAAAUGUACAAUGCAUCUAUCGUCAUCACCACUGCAGCCAACCAGAUUGUGGCUGAGGAACGUAGUGCCUUUGUAACACGUCCUGGUAAUCCGACGCCCGUGCGAGACCUGACCGCCGGCCUGGUGUGUCCCAAGCAAGUCCAGCUGUUCUGGAAUGACCCUUGUCCCAUCAACGGCCAGAUCCAGUAUUUCUACAUCUUGCCGUCGCAUGAAUCAGUGUUUGUUAAUGAUUGCCCGUCCUCUUCAGCCUACCAGCGGUGCCACACAGUAAAAGGCUUGGAACUGAAUAAGUCCUUUCAAUUCGAGGUGUACGUAUAUAACAAUAUAGGGAGGAUCUCUGCGUCUGUUAGCGCUUCUACAGUGGAGACUCAACCCGGACCGUCCCACGCUGUUACCGAGUCAAGGAAUCCACGGGACCUGACGCUCGCUGUUGAAAUACCAACCCAGGCCGGCGGUGUCUUGCUCAACUGUUCGCUGUCUGUGCAAGGUACCGAUCACAAGUGCACUAAAGAUUUCAAUAGAGAGCUUUCUGCUGACGCCUGUCCACCUCCCAUCAACCGGAACUCUACAAUCUGUCCGAAGUUCACGGGACUAACGGAGGGCAAGCUGUACAUGGUGGAGACCUGGUGCUGUAAUUCCAAGUACUGUGGCGCAAGGACCCUCAGUCAGGUAGCCACCACCCCUUCGCCACCCACAUUGUCUGCAGCGCCUACUGUCAUGGAGUCGAGUAAUACGACCAUCACCCUCGCUCUCCCUACCCUGACACGUCGCGGAGAUGGAAACAGUUCAAUGGCCGUGGUGGUUCAGCGCACGCAAGAUGACGGUGGCGAGACCGGAGGCGAAGAGGGAGAAAACCUGAAGGCAUCCGCUAUCUCUCUGUUGGAGAAGGCACUGCACAGGCACAUCAUCACCCAAAAUGAAGCCAGUAAUAACAGGAGAAGACGUAGUGAUGUCAUGUAUUACUCGGACACGUGGGAGGAGUGCCGGGAACCCCUGCGCAUUGCCGCUGUACUGACGGAGGAUGACUCCGUUUUCGUUAUUGGGGAUGGCCAGCGUUACAACGGAUUCCUAAAUUGCCCUUUGGAAUCUGAGAAAUCUUUUAGAAUUGGCGUCCUUGCAAGAAACGGGCUUCUGGGUGAGAUACAGUACGACUGGCGAGAGAUACCGGGGGCGGUGCAGGCGAGGGAGUGGAAACCACCUAACUCUCUCUUGGCCGUUCUGAUCCCUAUCCUCGUGGUCCUCGUGUUGCUUGUCGCCUUGGUGGCUUUCGUUAUGUACCGGAACCCAGACCUGAAAUUCUAA